CGCAAAUGUUCCCGUGUAGAGAAUAAACAUCUGAUUUUGUUUACAUUUUCUUGACAAAAAAUGGAGACUGCUACUUUUUUAUAUCUAAAUGACGACUGCAUCGCUGCAAUUUUAAAACACCUCCCAGCAAGGGAUCACAUGCACUUUGGUCAAGUAUGCAGCCGGUUCAGGAACGUCCAAAACGAUUACGCAGCGGGCCUGUACAAUCGGCUGGAGCUUACAGACUCAGAACAGGAAUUGCGGCUACUGCGGAAAGCGGGUGAACAUGUUAGAAUUUUGUUUUUGUCCCUUGAAGAAGAACCGACUCCCAGAGGAGUUCUAACCAAAACUUUAGGCGCCCUGGCCAACCUGGAGCGCAUUACGUUAAAAUGUGGAAUUGGCCUGUCGUGCUGCGACAUUAAAUGUAUUAUUAACUGCAUAGAAAAGUUGCACAAAAUAGAAAGCGUUGGCCUAAUCCGCGGCGUUGCAGACACAACACUUUCCACGGUGGAAACCUAUGCAGACAGCGUGGAUUUGCUUUCUUCAUUUGUGGUGGAGGAGAAUGGUCUAAUAGAAGACACAUUCAGAAUUGGAGUACUGCCGUUCGGUAAUGGUUCUAUCGAGAAAGCUCUGGCUGAUAUGGUGCCGCACUUGACACAUGUGAGAGAGGUGGACCUGACCUUGGAGCGUCCGGCGAGAGAGUACCUGCCCAUUACUCAGAUCCCUGAGCUGCACACGCUGUCGAUAUUUUGGAAUGAUGUCCCCAGGGGACAUCUCUGUUGCCAUUGCUUUCUGCACUGGCUGCUGCACAUUCAGGGCAUCUGCUCAAUCUGUUUAUGGGCGUCAGACACCUCGAGCCCGAUGAAGUCAAAGCGAUUGCCCGAAUACACAGCUUGCAGGACCUGGAACUACUUAUCUCGAAGCCCAGCUACAUAUACCACUUGACGGAGCUGAGAAAUCUUGUGCGUCUCCGGUUUAAUGAACAGUUCGAGGACAGACUGUCAGCACCAGUGUUGGCCGUGAUUCAGGCAUGCCCAAGUCUGGCUUACCUCCGUUUGGAGAAUGUGAUGUCCGACGAUUUCAUUUACAAGGCAUUCAAAGUGCUGCAGCAGACAAGAGACCCCCUCCACCCAAAGGCCCUGUUCCUGGCCGUGCCUCAAGAACAAGUUCUGGGGAACUUGCAGGACCCGGACAUUGAGCGCUAUGUACACCUCGUUGGCCAUUAAUGAGCACCGUGAUUGGGGGUGGGCAUUGCGUUAACUUUAUCUUGUUUAUUCAGCGUAAUAAGUGAAUAAACAUUUUCGAACUUUAACAUACAAGUAAAUA